GGUUGGGUCUUUGCGUGUUUUCUCGACCUCCGGCUUCACUCCCCGACAUGAAGGCGCUGAGCCCGGUGCGCGGCUGCUACGAGGCGGUGUGCUGCCUGUCGGAACGCAGUCUAGCCAUCGCGCGGGGCCGCAGCAAGGGCCCGGUGGCCGAGGAGCCGCUGAGCCUGCUGGACGACAUGAACCACUGCUACUCGCGCUUGCGGGAACUGGUGCCCGGAGUCCCGCGAGGCACUCAGCUUAGCCAGGUGGAAAUCCUGCAGCGCGUCAUCGACUACAUCCUCGACCUGCAGGUGGUCCUGGCCGAGCCGGCCCCUGGCCCCCCAGACGGCCCGCAUCUCCCCAUCCAGACAGCCGAACUCGCUCCGGAACUUGUGAUCUCCAACGACCAGAGGAGCUUCUGCCACUGACCUGGCCGUCCUGGCACCUCCCGAACACAGGUGCUGGCGCCCGUUCCGCCUGGGACCCCGGGACCCUCUCCGGCCGGAAGCCCGAGGGCAUGGAUGGGCCCCAACCUCGCCCGGCCCAUUUGACUUCCCCAAACCCCUUCCUGGAGGCUGGAUCUGGAGCCCAGGAGCAAAGGACUGUGAACUGGGGUGGCCCGAAGAGCCAGAGCUAGUUCUGGUCACCAGCUGGGCAACAUCACCCUGUCUGCACCCCAUUCCCAAGUUUUAAAGACAGUCUCUUCAGAGUGUGGAGGUGGGGGAGUGGCUGCUCUCCAAACUCUGCCAAGGCAGUGGUAGAGCUGGUCUUCUGGUCUUUUUGGAGAACGGCUCUGUUGCCCUAAUUAUGAACUCUAUAAUAGAGUAUAUAGCUUUUGUACCUUUUUUGCAGGAAGGUGACUUUCUGU